AAAGGAGAUCGAGGCAAGAUACCUCCGUAUAUGGAUGCGAGCGACGCGAAAAGCGAAGGGACGGACCGUGUCAAGAUGGGAUGAUCAUGGAUUGGGAGAUGCGAAAUACGGGUGCCGCUGAUGAAAUUUAAUGAACUGUACGACUGCGAAUAAGUAUAAACUGGGAAGAGGGCACCGUAAUGAGAGUAACUUGAAGCUCAUCAAGCGGUUCGAAACGUUCUCCGGGCCGGUAUCCACUUACCAAACUGUUGCCCAUUAAAAUGUAUACGCAAUUUGUGCUCCUCGCGCUCUCUCUCCUCCCUUCAACCUUCUCUUCUCCUAUAGAGGCUCGAGCCUGCAUUGGGCCGGACGUCAAUGCUGCAACCAUCGCCCUGAUCAAAGAAUUCGAGGGCUUCGUUCCAAGUCCAGAGGAUGACCCCAUUGGCUUGCCUACCGUCGGCUACGGACAUCUCUGCCAAACCGCCGGCUGCAAAGAAGUCCCAUAUCCUUUCCCACUCACCGAGGCGCAGGCCACGAAGCUUCUCCUGAGCGAUCUCAAGCCUGCUCAGCAAUCCAUUACCCUUGAGACGGCGGACUCUGUGGUCUUGAACGAGAAUCAGUACGGCGCGCUUGUGUCGUGGGCGUUCAACAUGGGCAGCGGCGCCGUAGCGGAGUCAGAUCUGAUCAGGCGGAUGAACGCCGGGGAGGACGAGAUGAAAGUCAUCGAGGAGGAGCUGCCGCUGUGGGUCUGGGCGGGAGGACAGAAGCUGCCGGGGCUUGAGCGACGAAGGGCAGCCGAGGUAAGGCUUGCGAAGACGCCGACGAGCAAGGGCGCGCUUCCAGUGGGGUGCUGAAUGGAGCGAUGACAGCGCCGGAGCAGAGACUCGGGUCCAGGUCGUCGUCGGAGUUGGGUUUCGCGUCCUGUAGUUACUCUCGUUGAAAAUCAGCUAUUCAAAGAACGCCU